GUUUCCCAAACAAUGUUUUUCCCAGGCAGACACAAGGAGGGAGGGACGACUUUCACUUCUCUCCUGGACUCUCUCACUUCAGCAGCGGCUCCCCUAAGACUUCAUACUGCAGCAUCUGCCCUGACGCUGCAAUGUCCUCGCUCCGGCUGUUGCCUCUGUUGCUCUCCCUCCUUCUCCUCCAAGUUCAUCUCUCAGACCAGUUAGAAGACAACAAGAUCCCCCCCAGUCUGUGCACUGGUCACCCCGGUAUCCCCGGCUCUGCUGGAGCUCACGGUGGUCCGGGUCAACCAGGAAGAGACGGGAGGGACGGGAGGGACGCUGCUGCGGGGGAGAAGGGACAGAUAGGGGAAACAGGAGGCCCAGGUGAGACAGGAGUGCGAGGCCUGACGGGGGACCGAGGUGAUAAUGGAGGAAAGGGGGAGAGGGGUCAGGCAGGAGAGUGUGCAGUCGCCCCAAAAUCUGCCUUCAGUGUCAAACUCUCCGAGGGCCACGCUCUACCCCUCACUGUGGGCGAUGUGGUCCGUUUUGACCAGGUUGUGAUCAAUGAACAGAGCGACUACAACACGGAGACGGGGCGCUUCACCUGCAAAGUGCCAGGAGUUUACUACUUUGCAGUCCACGCCACAGUGUACCGAGCCAGCCUGCAGUUUGACCUGAUGAAGAACGCACACAUUGUGGCAUCUUACUUUCAGUACUACGGCAACUGGCCUAAACCAGCGUCUCUGUCGGGCGGCUCCCUGCUCCACCUCGUCCCUGGGGACCAGGUGUGGGUCCAGAUGGCUCUCUCGGAGUACAAUGGAUUUUACUCCAGCACAAAGACAGACAGCACUUUCAAUGGCUUCCUGGUCUACUCAGACUGGAAAAACUCUGCUGUGUUUGCAUGACACGUGCAUAUGAACAAAACAAAGUCAUAUUCUACUUUGGGAAAUGACACAACCUGCCUUUUAUUUUCCUUUUUCAGUUUUUCUAAUUGAAUAGUUCCGGAUAGGCAGUGACUUGGUACAUCUGUAUUUGUGUAAUGAGUAUAAAACACUCCAGACUUUGUUACUUUAAUGGCACAUGCCUUACUGGUGAAGUGUGAGGCAUAUGCGCUGUUUAUUCAGUGUCUGUUCUUUAUCUGCAGCCUUUAAACUGCUGCAACACUUUAAUCUUGUAACAGAUGUUUGACAACGGCCUCCAGCCAACAACAGUCUACAAGUUCAAACCGCUUUUAUGUUUUGUAUUGCACUUUUGUUUUCCUCAAUAAUAUCUGCACAAAAAAAAUAAUAAUUGUGUUUUGAAAACACAAGUGACUGAUAUUUAUUUUACCUUAAAUACCAAUGCACGCUUUAUACUUUAUAUAGUAAGUUAGUUCUACAAUUUGAGCUUCAAUUUUUAAACUUGAUAUCUGUGUCAGUUUCACAACAUACCUGCCUGUGGACACCUCUGUUUUAUUAUAUAUAUACAUGUACAUACAUUUACAUUACAUGCAGUUUUGAGAAAAAGUACUCCGAUCCUUUACUAUUAGUACCAAUGAAACAGUGUAAAAACACUAUUCCUAAAAAUCCCUACUGAAGUUGAUUAUGAGCAAAUUGAAAUUAGAUUCUUACGGAGCCCCUAAAGGGACAUGAAAAAAAAAAA